GGUUCUGUGUCCUAAAACAGCUGAAAAAAACUAAGAAACUAUGACUUUAUACUAUAUAGUAAUAGAGUUUUCAAUAAAGCAAAAGGAUGUUUUAUUGUCUUUUGGACAUUAUGUCAUGGUCGAAUGUGCAUAUACUUUCUAUUGUUAUCCUUGUAUGAGUAGCUUAACUUCUAUCACUCCAAAACUUUGUAAUGUUGUUAUAUAUAUAAUAUUAAUUGACAUUCUGGUUAUUAUUGUAUGUCGCAAUAUCAUCUUAUAUUUCUGAUUAUAGAAGUCAAAAGAAAUUAUAGAUUAAAAUAUACAUGACAACAAUUAUAAAGGAGGUAAUGGAUAGAAAACUGAGAGACAAGGGAAGAAAUAAACCCAGCCUCAGUAAUCUUCUUUGCAAAGGCGAUGAUAUUUCCAAAUUUCAAGUUCUAAAGAUCAAUGAGGAGAUAGGUUUUGGAGUGUUUGCUCUAACAGAUUUUUCCAUGGGAGAGUUCUUGAUGGAGUACAGAGGAAAUUGGAUUAGUCAAUGUGAUGUUCUUACUUUGCAAAGAAAGUAUGAAAACGAAAAUAUAGGAAGUUACAUUUAUUUUGACGUUGUUGAUAUUUUUGGAAAAAAAAAGUGUAUUGAUGCAACUAAUGUGGAUGGCAUUGGUAAACUUGUCAACGAUUCUCCAUCACGAUUGGCCAAUUCCAAAAUGCGCAGAGUGAUUGUAGGCAAUAGUGUUCACCUUUGUCUUUUUGCUACACGUCAUAUUACCGCUGGCACUGAAGUUAGAUAUGACUAUGGUGAGGAUCGUGCACAAUUACCUUGGCGUAAAGAGAAAUGGAAAUGUCAUCCUUUAAAAAGCAAAGAUGUUUCUGUAAGUUAUUUUGAAAUAAUGAGUUCUAUGUUUUAA